AUGGAUCCAAAUCAACAAUCAAAUUCUGCCCGAUCUUCUGUUCUUGAUCAAUGUAGAUCGUUUCUUCCUCAGUUGAAAGAAGCAAAUGAAGAGUUGCAUAAUUCGGGCGGCAAACAUGACCUUCAAGAUCUUUCAAAUGACGAGAACUACAUAGAAAUGGAUUUAGCACUAGGAGUUUUGGAAGGGCAGUCUGCAAAGCAACAUGACCUGGAAGAAGCAUCAUCAAACGCUGAGGAAGACAAUGAUGAAGUAGAAGGAAAUUCAUUAGAACAUCUUUUGAAUAUAUACCAUCAGCAGAUACAAGGUCCGUUGGAUAAUGAGACUACCUUGACAGACUUCCUUGGAGAAAAACUUAGUAAAGCUGCUCAAGCUGAUUUAGAGCAAAAGCCAGAAGAAUCAAGCGAAAGUGAUAUACGUGAAGUUGAGACAAAGACUACAAAAAAACUAUGA